UUCUUAUCUGUUUUUAGUCUGUUUGAUAACGACCCAUAUGUUCUUGUUUUUUGUGUUCUUUAUUUGUUCGAAGAAUUUACGAUGUGAAUUGGAUGGUGCUUUCUUCUCGAAUUGGAGCGUGAUGGGUGUUUGUUCUGUUAAAGAUUUGAUUUUUUUGCAUUUGAUUGUUCUGUCUGGAAGUUGGUGUUUACAGUUCUUCUCCUAGACCUAUUCAGAUUCUUGGUUUUCACCAUACUAACAUACUUCAUUAUUCGCAUAAAAUUAUAUAGCUAAAUGGGUUUUGCAUCGGUUUCUUUGUUAUAUCCGGUCAUUGAAUAUAUCAUUAUCUCAUGAAGCUAAGUUUUAUGAAAACUGGGUUGAUAACUAUGAACUCAAAUCUCUAUUUAUGGAUCCAAUCUCUUUUGAGUUUUUCUCUUGGAUUGAUCUCUGAAUCAAGUUUGGAUCAUCAUUGGAUGUUUUCAAUGUCCCAUUUGUAUUUAGUAGGCUGAACUUUGUAGCUUGACUGUGUUUUGUUGAGGAUGGCAUGAUCAGUACAAGUUUACUGGGAUUUUAUGUUGAAUGAAUUUCAUUUGAGCAGUUCUAUGACUUUUAUUUCGCAUACAUCUUAGGGAAUCAUAUGAUUCGUAGUCUUCCCAAAAAUCUUGUCUUCCUAGGAGUUUGAAUUUUUCUUCUAUAUUGAAGGUUUUCACUUUUUUCUUCCCCAUAACGUUUUCCCCCUUCAUCCUGCGGAGACCUCAUAUAAGUGUCUUUGAGCAGCAGAUGCACUCUUUUAUGUCUAUACCUUAUUUUUAUACAAUCGUUUUCUAUAUUUGAUUUCAGCUAGUUUCCUCUAUAAAUAACCUAUCUUGAUACAAAAUGGAACAUGGGUUUUUUUGUCAAAUAAAAAUUGUGUUCCACCAACACAUUUGGAAUUCAUUAAAAGCGCCUAUUUCUAAUAUUGCUUUGAAAUAUUUCCUGGUAGGUAUUGGAUUUCUCUAUUGUGGUGCUAAUGUUAUUAUUUUUCUAUAUGAUAAACAUGCCUAAAAAAGGAGGCAUAUAUUAGAGGAUGCUUAUAGUAGUACUCUGUGUCUGGACUCUGGACUUGGGGGUUGUAGCUUCAAGGUUGGAAGAAGAUGAGCAAGAAGAACAAGAUUGAAGAAAAAGUGCCAAUAGAGUUCCAUGGCUGCACCACUUGCCCCAUUUGAGAGCACGACUUCUCUGAACACUGAUCUUUUCUAUGACAUAUUGAGACGUCUUGAUGGCCCAACAUUGGCUACCGCAGCAUGUGCUUGUGCUGCUUUCUGCUCGAUCUCCAGAGAGGAGAGACUGUGGGAAGAUGUUUGUUGCUCCCUGUGGCCUUCAACUAACAGGGAAGAUGUUAAAAGUUUAAUAAAGUAUCUUGGUGGAUUCAGAAAGUUCUAUUCAGAUUGCUUUCCACUUAUUGUUAAUAAGGAAGUUGCUGAGUAUCAAUGGAAUGAGGGUCUUGAGUAUCUUGAAGAAUGGACUGAAGCAGAAUACUAUGGUGAUGUGGAUGAGUAUGGAAGCAUUUUGCCAUCAGAUUUUGUUUCUAUUGUGGAUAUCAGGUAUAAAGAUAAAACAAUUUGUUCAAAAGUCUUGUGGGGCAUUCCUAAUGCCAAUGGACACAAUGGCUGGUUUUACAACUGCCCGUUUCGGAUUGAUCUUCUUACCUAUGCAGCUAGAGAUGAUGACAGUGAAGGUGAAGUUACCCUCUCUGUCGCUGAUGGUCUGUCACCUAUUUUAUCAAUGGAGAAAGAAAGGAAAGACGGAAAACUCUGGCGGGAGCUUCGUGAAGGACUGCAAUUAAGUUGGAUUGUUGUGAAUAGAAAAAUGAAACAAGCUGCUAAUCUUGCUAGCUGGAGCCCUCUUGGCGGGCAAAGACAUUGGCCUACGGACAGAGACUUUGUGCUGCGCUUUGGAUCCGUUCUUCCUGCAAAAGACAUUCUGCCCUGUCAAGUAGUGGAAUGCAUACUUAUGAUGAAAUUCAGGGUCAUCCAUACGGAGGGAGAGGGUGUUCGGACAAUUCUCAAAUUAUCGGAGUUGAGCAUGCAGUUGGAAGACAUGGAAGGCGCUCAUGUUAAUGGAAGAAACAGUUUGCUUAUUCUUAAAGAAGCGCUGAGCUGCCGUCGGAGCAAAAAUUACAGUGAAGUGCUUGAGUGCUGCCAUUUGUACUCAAAAGUGCAGAGUGAGUUAAAAGAAGAAAAGAUGAGAAAUGAAAGUAGGUUAGAUCGGCUAUGUAUCUUGGGAGGCAUUGCAACGUUUAUCACAUUUUGGUACAUCAUCUUGUGAUGUGGUUGUGCCUCUUUUUGCUGUAAAAUUUGUAUUUUUUUUUUUUGUAAAAUUCAAUUUUGCUAAAAGUAAUACAAGUUCCUCUGGUUGAAGAGCUUGUUAGAUAAAAA